AUGCAUAAAGACUCACUUGUUGUUGAACCCUUAGUUAAUACUCCCUUUGGCUGCACCGUCAAACUCCCCAAAUACUGCCAAAACGAUCCUUCCAGUUUGAAUGACGAGGACUUUCGGACGUUGAACGAAGCAGUUCAAACGCAUUUGGUGGUGGUGGUUCCCAACCAGGCAGAGCUUGCACCAAAAUCACAAUACUUGCUAACUAAAAGAUUUGAUCCGUCCAUUCCUGAGCCAAAGGAAGAGAAUGGUGCUGGUUACGGUCACGGUAAGGAAUUUAGACAUGAUAAGUCGGUAUUGAAGAAGGAUGGGUGUUCAGUAAAGUCACAACCUCAAGUGCAGAUCCUUGGACAAGGAAAAUUUGAGGCGGAUGAACAGGGAAAUGAAAAUGGGGAGGCUAUCAAUUUGACCCACCCCUCUCACACUAGUUUCCACCACACCCCAUUGACUGAGCAGCAAAUAAGAGAGGAAAAGAGGACAAGGUUUUACAGGUGGCACAUUGAUAGUGCUUUGUAUGGGUUGUCACCUCCAAUGGUUACAACCUUGCUCGGUAUAAAGGUUCCGCCUUCGACCCAAUACCAAACUAUAAAAUAUGAAGACGAUGGCAGUGAGUUGAAAUUGACCCAGGGAGCAACUUGCUUCAUCAGUGGCGCACAAGCAUUCCAAGGCUUGAGCGAAGAGGACAAGCAGUUUGCCUUGAAUACUACUGUGGAGUAUGCGCCACAUCCGUACAUUUUCAUUUCGCCUGCAAGGGCUACAUCCGACGGGUUGACAAUGGUUUCCGAAGGUAAAGAAAUGGAAUUUAACGACUUGCCGGAAUGGGAAAGCCUGAAGGUGAAGAGAUUACCUAUGGUGUGGACAAACCCCACUACCAAGGAGCACCAUUUGCAGGUGCACGGAUGCUGCUUGUACAAGUUACACACAAAUGUCAAUGGAAAAGUGAAGACUUUGAAUUUGGAGGAUUCGAGAGAAAAGGUUCACCAAAUGAUGAGGCCAGCUAUAGCUCCAGAAAAGGUGUUGGCUCACUCUUGGAAGCAAGGUGAUUUGGUGUUGUUUUUCAACCGUGGUGUGUGGCAUUCAGUCACCGGUGAAUUUAAGGGCUUGGGAAGUGAUGGCAAAGAUGAAAGAAGAUUGAUGCACCAGUGUAAUAUUGCCAGUGGAUUAGAUCCAGUAAAUGUAAGUGCCUAA